AUGAGCAGCGUCCGAGCCCAGCGCAACAACAACAUCCAACCCGUCCCCAGCACCGACCGACCGACCAUGUCCAAGGGAACGCGCUUCGUCACGUUCGCCGUCCCGGCCGUCAUCGCCUACUUCCUCCUCCUUCUGCAUGUGCUCCCGACCCCGUUCCUGGCGCAGGAGACUGCCGACCAGAUCCUCCCUGUGAUCCCGUGGUGGCUCCUCGUCGCGUUUGGCGCGUACUCGCUCUCGUCGCUCGGUCUCGGCCUCCUCCGCUUCCACGACACGCCGGAGGCGUACCAGUCGCUCCUUGGCGAGAUUCAGCAGGCCAAGAACGAGCUUCGCGACCAGGGUGUCGAGGUCGACUAG